UUCGUAUCGUCGUCACAUCUGUGUGUGUCAGACGAGACGCAUUUUUUCUUAAUUGUGAUUUAUAAAGGUUUUACGUCCAUCACAGUGUUCAAUUUGGUAAACAGUAACAACAGAAAGGUCUCAAACUGGCGGAGAAAAAAGUACAGAUGGCAUUAUGCCAAACAUCAGUGCUGAAAGUCUAUCAUGCCGUCAUCGAGGAUGUUAUCUCGAAUGUGCGCGACGCCUUUCUGGAUGAGGGCGUUGAUGAGCAGGUGCUGCAGGAAAUGAAACAGAUAUGGCGCAAUAAGCUAUUAGCAAGUAAGGCGGUCGAAUUGAAUCCCGAACCCGGCGAGCCAGGCCACCACCCACCGCCCAUUGUGGCCAACAAUCCAAAGAGCUCCAAGGCUGCCAAUGCCAAGGCCAAAAAAGCCGCCGCCGCUGCAGCUGCUUCACAACAGAACAACAGCGGCGCCACCGGCGGCAUCAGCAGCAGCGCAGACAGCAAUAAGCUGGCAUCGCCAUCGAUUGCCGGCAAAUCAACAGCCAUUGGCGCCGCAGCUGGCGGCGGCAUGAAGAAUGGCAUAGGUGCCAUUAAACAGGAGGUCACAUCACAGAAUCCACCGCCGCUGCAUCCCACAAGCGGUGCGACAAUGAUGCAAAAGCAACAGGCAGCGGCCGCUGGUGCCACAUCCGGUGGCCAAACGCCAAUACCAAUUGUCGCACAAUUGGAUCCCAAUCGCAUUAUGCCUGUUAAUAUAACGUUACCUUCGCCACCGGGAUCAACAAACUCGGAAUCUCGUGUUCUCACCAUACAAGUGCCCGCAUCGGCACUGCAGGAGAAUCAGUUGACCCAAAUACUAACCGCUCAUCUGAUUUCAUCAAUUAUGUCAUUGCCCACCACGUUAGCCUCCUCCGUGCUGCAGCAGCACGUGAAUGCAGCGCUUAGCAAUGCCAAUCAUCAAAAAAAUUUGGCCCUUGCCAAACAGUUAGACGGCGCUUUAGAUUCAUCAGAGGAGGAUGAGAGCGAGGAGAGCGAUGAUAAUGUAGACAAUGAUGACGAUGAUGAUCUGGACAAAGAUGAUGAUGAUGAUGCUGAGCACGAGGAUGCCGCCGAGGAGGAGCCGCUAAAUAGCGAGGAUGAUGUCACCGACGAGGACUCUGCUGAAGUUUUUGACACAGAUAACGUUAUUGUUUGCCAGUACGAUAAAAUCACACGCUCGCGCAACAAAUGGAAAUUCUAUCUCAAGGAUGGCAUUAUGAAUAUGCGCGGCAAGGAUUAUGUGUUUCAAAAAUCCAACGGCGAUGCGGAAUGGUAAUCGACGUGAAACGGCAACAAGAAAACAAGCAUAGUGUGAAGAUCCAUCAGAUAAGAAAUAAAAAGAAUACAAACAAAUAAAA